GAAAGACCGGUUAUACUGAAGCUGUCUAAAGUUCAGCUAGAUACAGAUCUGAAAAUAAUUUUGUUGCAAUCCAAAUAAUUGUGCAGGACUCAAAUUGAUUGCUAGAAUAUUAAAACUUUUUAUAGCCUUGUCCAUCAUGUUUGAGCGUCUUACGUAAUUAUUUUGGUCCAACAAAAUUAUUUUUAAAUCUGUAUCUAGCUAAAUUUUUAAUUAUUUCAACAAAACCGUUCUUUCCGUGAAAAAUUAAAAAUAUUCAUCACGGAUAUUUAUACUGGAUCUAAAAAAGCUCCGUCGAAAUAUCAUUACUAAUGAUUCGCCAUAUACGUAUAAUCAUUCUAAAUUUCAUGUGAUUUAGACAAUUUUUUUUAGAUUUAGGUUCACAGACAUAGAGUAACACCGCAAUCUAUGAAUUCGUGUGUUGGCAUGCUCGCUAGUAUAUACGAUCCAUGCGUCCGUAGAAAAAUCUUCAUUCCUUUCGUUUUACGAAAAUAGUAGCACGGCCGUCCGACCUAUAAUUAAACGUGGCCGCUGCGUUAGGUAAAUGUCGGUUUGUUCAGUACGAUAAAGUUAGCGGCCGGUGAACGGUGUUCUCGCGAUAAGUCCGACCUAAUUAUAUCGCUGGAGUAGAGAAUUGAAUAUAAACUUAGUAAAAUAUAAUAAAUAUCUCGUUUCGAACGUCUGAAGUUACUUCAUUCUCUCGACUUCCGAAUCAAUGCAUUAGGUGUAGAUGAUCAAAGUUUAAAUCUGAUUUCUGGAUGAUGAUCUUGGAAAUUAAUUGAUCAUGGAGGCUGAUCCGAGGUAUGGCGUAUGUCCGGUGUGCGGCAAAAACGCCACGCUAAAGUGCGGCAACUGCAAACGGGAGUUUUACUGUGACAAGUCGCACCAAUCUCAAGACUGGCCGCGUCACAAAUCCACGUGCGGCGGCUGGGAGAUAGGGCAUGACCCCGCGCUCGGACGUCACUUGCUGGCGACCAGGGACCUGUCGCCGGGAGACGUGAUCCUCUCGGAGGUGCCUCUGGUCUGGGGGCCAUCGACUCACGCGAAUCAGCGAGUCUGCGUUGGCUGCAGCAAAAGAUGCGACGACGUCGACGUGAGAUGCGGCAGAUGUUGCUGGCCGGUGUGCCGACCCAAUUGCGAGGGACUGUCCGAUAAGAAGAGACACCAGCAGGAGUGUGCUCUUCUCGCAUGUGCUAGAAUUGUUCCCAGAUGCGAGGUGCUUUUAAUAAUUCGUAUACUGAUACUGUGGCGCACGAAAUCACGACGCUGGACGUCUUUGGCCAAUCUGCAGAGUCACGUGGAGUCGCGAGGACCCGGCACGGAGGCUUACGACGAGGUAUCGAGUGUGAGCCAACGUCUCGGGCCGCUUUUGCUAAUGGCAUCUGAUUGCAAGGACAUUUUGCCGAUGAUUUGCGGUCUAGUCGAUGUGAACGCGUUGGAGACCGCACCGCCGGAAGGCUCAAUGGCGAUUUACGAGAACGCGUCUCUUCUGGAGCACUCCUGUAUUGCGAACACUCGACACAACUUUCGUGUCGACGACAAAGGCAGACCGCGUAUUACAGUAUAUGCGGUAACGUCGAUUAAAAGAGGGGAACAUUUGAGUACCAUGUAUACGCACGCACUUUGGUCCACCAGGGCCAGGAGGGAGCAUCUCCUUGCCACGAAAUACUUCGCUUGCCGCUGCAAGCGUUGCGCUGAUCCUACAGAAUUGGGCACGCACUUAGGUACCCUGAAUUGUCCCUGCAAAAACGGACUUAUGCUGCCGAACGAUCCCUUAAAUCCAAAUGCCGACUGGUCCUGUAACGCGUGUUCAGGAACAGUGACAUCCGCGGAGGUCGCGCAAUUGACGGACAGAUUGGAGGAAGAAGUCACGGAGGUCAUGAAGGAGGCGACUGAGCAUACUCUCUCCGAUCUGCUGUCACGGCUUACGGUGCUGCUGCAUCCCGGUCAUCAGCAUUGCAUAUCCGUCAGCCACUCGUUGAUGCAGCUGCUGCCGGCGACUGAUCCAGGGAAGUUGGACUUGUGUAAGCGCGUCAUGGACACAGUAAGCCGACUGGAUCCGUACGGCGCUCGUCUGACGCUUUACACGGCGGUCACCCUGCGAGAGCUCGCGACAUGUCCUGGUGAGAAUAAACAAGCCCAUCUCGCUAGAGCAGCCUCGUUGCUGAAGGCGGAACCGCCGAAUUCGCCUGGUGAAAGGCUCCGCAGACUUAUCGAAGUAGAACUCUCAUCUUAGCUUGUCGUGGCAUGCAACGAUAGUUGUAUUUUUGGUAUUGUACAACUCAAUAUGUAAAACAGGGAAGGAUUCUUGCAAUUCUUACUAUAAAUAAGAAAGUUGUACGUGCUAAACUCGAGCGAACAACAAUUACCUGCUUGUCUGUCUGAAUUUUUGUUUAUUCGUUUUUUUGAUUUUGUAAUUUCUAUUCGCAACUACAGAUAGCCGUAAAAGUGGCAAAAAUAUUCAUUACACUUAUUUAGGAUGAUACGUAUAAAAAACUUAUAAUUAUAUAAAGAAUGUAUGAACAUACAUGUUAUACAAAUAUCAAAAUAUACGUUGAUGUAUGUUUGUGGUCUAUCCGCAUUUACCACGGAUGUUGUGUCUGUCUGUAUGUGUGUGCGUGCGUGUGUGUGUAUGUUGCGUACUUGUAUGUCGUCGUGUCAUAAAAUCUAGACUAGAUGUCUGUGCCUCUGCGACCAAACGUAAUCUUUAAAUCCAAAAGUAACUUCUCGUCGCGCGUAUUAUUUUUACAUUGCGCUCAAUGUUCCCGUAAUUGAAUGGAGGCAAACAGCGAGAGAAAAUGUUUAUAAUUCCUAUAAAGAAAUAAAAGAAGAUAUUUAUGUGUCGA